AAAAGGGCUUCAAAACAAUAAACGAACGCAAUCUUUGAAUAUGAAGAUAAAGAAACACAAUCGUAUUCCCAACGCCAUAGAAAGCAGAAAGAGGGACCAGUAGUUAAAAUGUGCAGCAAAGUUUUCGUGAUUAUCGUAGUGGCAGCGAUAAGUCUCAUUGCCGUUUUGCUAGGCCUGAACACGGUGACCAGCAGACAGAAGCAAUUUCAAUGGGAUAUGAACAGGAAAGAUGUGGCGUCACUUCCUCAACUCGAUCGAGAAAGAAUUCAUCAACGUGCAGAACGAUUAGCCAAAGCCCUGACCAUUCAGACUAUUUCCUGGGAACGUGACGUAUUCGAGACCCAGGCUUUGCUCAAACUUCAUCAACAUCUCAAAAAUAGUUUCCCUUUACUUCAUUCUUCGCCUUCGAUUGAAGUAAAUGUUAUCAACGGAUACAGCUUACUUUACAAAAUUCGAGGAAGUCACGACGAUAAAGCUGAUAAUGUCCUACCUCCUUACAUGUUGGCUGCUCAUCUGGAUGUGGUUCCGGUUGCAAACGGGACUUGGAAGAUGGCUGAGCCUUUUGAAGGACGUAUCAUCGACGGUGUCAUCUAUGGAAGAGGAGCAUUAGAUGACAAAAGUUCUGUAAUGGGAAUUUUGGAAGCAGUAGAAUUUCUCAUCGAAAACAAGUACACUUUUCAAAGGACUUUCUAUAUCGGCUUCGGACACGACGAGGAAGUUUCAGGGUUUGAAGGAGCCGGGCACAUCGCAAAACAUUUAAAAAGCACAGGAGUCGAUCACUUGGAUUUCGUCUUGGAUGAAGGCUAUUUCGUUCUGGAAGAUUUGGUGGAAGGUGUGGACGAGCUUGUCAGCGUGAUUGGUGUCACAGAAAAAGGUUUCGCCACACUCGAAUUGAAUGUUGAAAUGAGCCCAGGUCACUCGAGUAUUCCUCCUAAAGAGACAGCCAUCGGUGUUUUAGCCAAGGCCGUGUCAGCCCUGGAAACUAAUCCACACCCAUCAAUGUUUGGCAACGGUCCUGAAAUGGAUUUCUUUUCCUACAUAUCACCUUCGGCAAAUAUUGGACAUAGCGUCAUCUUCUCCAACUUGUGGCUCCUGUCGCCUUUGCUGUCAGAGAUCCUGGCACGAAAUCCUGUCACCGACGCCAUACAAAGAACAACCACAGCUGUUACCAUCAUCCAAGGAGGAUACAAGCACAACGUUAUUCCAGGCAGCGCAUCGGCCACGGUUAAUCACCGGAUCCAUCCGGCAGACAGUCUAGAUCAAGUGAUUGAACACAACCGUCGAGUAAUCAACGAUCCUCGGGUUCACAUUAAAGUGGUCGACUAUUAUCCUCCAACACCCAUUUCGCCUUAUGGGCAGGACGUUUCGCCUUUUAAUUUGAUUGCGAGUUCCGUCAAACAAAUUUACCCUUCGAGUGUCAUCGCUCCAGCUUGUUCACCCGCCAACACGGACCUUCGGCGUUAUGUCGAACUGUCUGACCAUCUUUACCGCAUCACGCCGACGGUUUUGACACCAGUGACACGAGGCGGGAUUCACGGCGACGACGAACAGAUCACCGUCGAGCAUUAUCAUAAUUUUAUUCGAUUUUACGUCGCCCUUAUGCUCAAUGCUGAUCAACCUGUAGGCGGUCACUCGGCCAGCCGCCACCACAGAGAACUCUAAAAAGGAAUAAUAAAUAAAAGAUUAGUUCCAAUCU